CGAACCUUCUAUUUUGUGUGUAGAUAACUUGCAACUCUGGGUUCUUCAUAUAUGCUGAAACGACUAGCUGGAUCAGGAUCUGGAGCGCGUAAGGGGCGAAGAUCGAUCCGUUUAGCGAUGGAUCUGAAUCCAUUCAGGCUGUGCUCGGGGCUCAAGUUCCUCGGCUACUUCAUGGUGGGGCUUGUUUUGGGUUUAAUUGCAGUCUCCUACUACGCUGUCGUCAUCCUCACCUUAGGGCCCGACCUCCUCCAUGGCGGCUUCACUUCACUCUUCUCUAUCCUUCUCGUCGCCAUCUUUCAUGUCCUGCUUGUAUUGUUGGCUUGGAGCUAUUUGAUGGCUGUGUUUCGCGAUCCUGGUGCUGUGCCUCCGAAUUGGAAAUUGUUGCCACAGCAGGACGCCGCCGAGACUUCAUCUUCAGUGGAAUUGAAUGCAACAGCUAUUCCGCAAUUUUGCAAUCGAUGCCAGAACGGGAAGCCACCACGCUGCCAUCACUGCUCUGUUUGUGAACGUUGUGUUCUUAAGAUGGAUCACCACUGCAUAUGGGUUGUUAACUGUGUUGGUGCUCGCAACUACAAAUUCUUCCUCCUAUUUUUGUUAUACACUUUUCUGGAGACGAUGCUGGAUACUUUUGUACUGCUUCCUGGUUUCAUAAGUUUUUUCAGACAAGCUGAGCAUCAUUUUAGCUCACCAGGCGAAUUAGCUAUCACCUUUCUGGCCUUUGUUCUUAAUCUAGCUUUUGUGCUGAGCCUUCUCUGUUUCGUUGUCAUGCAUAUUUCCCUGCUCUUGAGCAACACAACCUCAGUGGAGGUUCAUGAGAAGAAAAAGGGUAUGCCAUGGAAGUAUGACUUAGGGUGGAGGAAGAACAUUGAGCAGGUUUUUGGCACUAGAAAGGUUUUAUGGCUGUUUCCAGUAUUCUCGAAAGAAGACUUGGAGAGAGUGCCUGCACUUCAGGGUCUAGAUUAUCCGACACGCCCGGAUAUUAUUAAUGUAUAAGUGUGAGCGAGAGAGUGAACAAAAUAUAAGUGGGAAGGGCUGUGAACUGAAAGUUUCUGAAAACCACAUGGCAGUCAAUGAUUUGUAAAUUACUAUAAGAUAGAAGCAGAAGCACCAGAGUCCUGAAAAUACUAUAUAUAUUCAUUAAUAUCAAUCAAGUAGAGAUUGAGUAAUUAUUGUAGCAUGCGUGUUUGUAGAUGGAAAAUCACAUAUGAUAUGGUUAGGAUGAUAGCUAAUCGGGAGAUGAAGUGAGAGAAGCAAACUAAAAUAGGCGACAAAGAGAAUGAGUCCCACAGGCACCAUCCACUGUUGACGGUUGGUGGCGUGGAAGCACCAGUCCCACCAAAUCAACAUCGCACAGCCUGCCAAGCUCACCGCCGGCCAUCUCAAGUAUCCAAUCCUUCUCUCCUUUAACUUCUUAUUUGUACGAAUAUGAUGUCAUUAAAAAUUCCCUCUCUGCGUUUGGAAAGAUUUAUAUGAUCUGCAUAUUAAUCAGCUCAUAUUUAAUGGGGGAAAACUAAAAACCAGUGGUGUAGCUCAUCCCAUAAGAGUGCCUUUUCAUGGAAGUAGUUGUUAAUUGCUUGAAGAAAAAUGAUGAUAAGGGUCUGGCGUAUAGCUUUCGAGGACGGAUUUUAGUUGAGAAGUGGCUUGUAGAUUGCAUAUACCUUCUAGUUGGCAGUUAGGAUGGAUAUGUCAUAUAGGGAACUUACAGAGUAUGACAUCAGAUUGCCUAACUUGAGAGUUCAGAGUUGAGUUUGAGUAUCAUUAAUCACACUUUACACACUUUUAUAUCAAAAUAGUAUGCAGCUAAUGGUUGCCAAAUAUGUUUCACACCCUCUGUUUGGCACGCAUAACAAGAUAAGAAUACAAGGCAAAUAUGUACAGUAAAAUGAGGGUUGAUGCCAUUGAUAUCUUAGAAGGUCUGUUUGUGUUUGUUGGGAGGUUCAUUUUCUCAACUAUUUCUAUGUACCUAUAUGUACAGUAAAUUGUUUUCUCUCCAAUUCAAUUAAGCAGCUCUUUAUUGUCAA